GAUUGGUGGAGGCGCGUCCUUCACCUGUGAGACACACAGACACAGACAGACAGACUGUAGCGGUGUGUGCAGGAGCACGAGGCCAGGACGGAGCGAGGAUUGUUUGACACAUUCAAAUAUUUUUCAGCACGGUCUGAGUGGCCGACAGCAGGAUACUUCCUCCCAUCAUCUUUUGGAUUUGAGAGAUCCAGAUGGAGGGAGUGCUGAUUUUAAAGUCCGCUUCUCCUCCCAACUGUUCCUCUCAAAACUCUUCUCAACCUUUUUCGCCGGAUGCUCAGGGAGAGUCACAUCUCCACUCAUCUUCUCCUGAACCUCCCAUCAUGUGUGUUACCACUCAUGCGCCGCCACCACCACCACCACCACUGCCUCCUCCACCUCCACCUCCACCUCCACCUCCAAUGCUUCCCCCUGCUCCUUUUGGUUCUCGUAAUAACAGCCACCGGCGUUCCAUGAAAAAGCUGAACUGGGACACCAUUCCCAGUCAACGUGUCCUGGGAAAACUGAACGUCUGGACGUCUAAGCGGCCUCAGAAGGACAUCGUGCUGGAUAUUCAGAGCAUGGAGGAGUUGUUCAGUCACAUAGACAAACGGGCCUCACUACGCCAUUCAAGAGUCAUGGGUCUGAACUGUGAUAGCAUGGAGCCCAUUCCGCAGGAGCCUCAGGUCACAAUCCUUGAGUUUAAAAAGAGCAUGAAUAUUGCAAUCUUCCUCAGACAUUUCAAGAGGCCCGUGGCAGAAAUUGUGCAGGACAUUUGUCAAGGGAACUGGCUCAGAUUUGGAACAGGCAAACUAAAAGAGCUUUGUAAACUGCUGCCAGAAGAGGGUGAGGUGAAGCAGCUGCUGUCAUUCAGUGGGAACCUCUCUGUGUUACCUGAGGCUGACCAGUUCAUGGUGCAGCUGGUCAAAGUUCCAGGCUAUGAGGAACGCCUGAAGGUGAUGGUGCUAAGGGAGGAAUUCUUUCCUCUUAUGGAAGAGGUGAAGAAUUCUGUUGCUGUCAUGACCAAAGGAGCUAAUGAGCUGUUGGACUGUGAUGACCUCCACUCCGUCAUUCGGCUGGUAUUAAAAGCUGGGAAUUACAUGAAUGGUGGCUACAGUGACGAUGCCAUUGGCUUCAGGAUGGCAUCUCUGCUCAAGUUGGCAGACACCAAGGCCAACAAGCCUGGCAUGAACCUCAUGCACUAUGUUGCCAAGCAAGCAGAGGAUAUCGGUGCUGAUUUGCUGACCUUUCCCAGCCAGCUUAAACACAUUGAGAUGGCAUCAAGAAUUUGUAAAGAGGAGGUGAUCACAGACUUUAAGAGGGAAGUUAAGAAGAUCAAAGAAGUCAAAAUGUACACCAGCAGACAUCCCGGUGUCUUACAGCAGAUUGAGACUUUCCUCCUGCGUGCCGAUGCCAAGCUGGCCAACGUGGAGUCUUCUCUCCAGGAGCUGAAGGCUCUGAGCGACGCCGUCGCCGAGUACUUCUGUGAAGACCCGGCUACCUUCAAAUUGGAGGAGUGCUGCUCCAUCUUUGAUUCAUUUUGCAAGCGGUUUAACACGGCUAUACAAGAGAACCGAGAGCGAGAAGCAGCAGAGCAAAGGCGCAAGCGGAAAGAGACGAUGCGUUUUACAACCAAACACCGCUCCACAAUGUCUUGCCCAGGUCCUGGACCUGAUCAGGAGUCGUCCAGCUUGGAGUCGACCUUGCAUAGCUUUCUCUCCACCGUUCCAAAGAGAUUAACUAGAUGCAGAAGGAAUUUGCUGCCCCCGAUUGAAGGAUCCAUCUCAGAGUGCAGUUUUCAGACCGUUCCAUCAGUAGAAAAAUCUGCGUUGAAGCCCUGUACCAGACAGAAGACACCUGAGAAGAAACAAUCCAAACUGCAGAGAGAGGAAAUGCAAAGUAAAGAAGCUGAGAAACUGUGUGAGAAAACUCGGAAGGUGCUCCGCUACCAAAACAGCAGAGGCAGCCUUGAAGGGGACAGAGUUUCAGGGAGUCCUCGUCGGUCGGAGAGCACGCAAGACACACCAGCUACACCAAGCACUCCUCAACCUAGAACCAGAGACUUCUUUUUUGCCAACAAUGGGGAUGUGGGCUCCCCGUGGACUAUCCUGAGCCCUUUUACUUGCUCCCAAAGAAACCAACCCAAGCGAAACAAAAAACUACUCCAACGUGCACGAUCCUCACCAUCCGGUCAAAAUGACCUUGAUGACGGAGUCUGGGAGAGUGACAAAAGUGCUCUUCUGCCCAGUUCCCCCAACCAGGACAAUGUAACAUCUCCAUCUCAUGGUUCUGUGUCUCUUCCUGAGUGCCCCAGUCAGAGAGCUAUGUCACAGGGUCCAAUUCUCAGGUCUGCUUCCAUGGAUGAAACCAGGAAGUCUCCGGCAUCACCGCGUUCCCGGCUGGGAGGUUUGUUUCAAAGGAGCGCGUCUCGGCGGGCGUUUUCAUCUGGGACAGUGACAGAAAGUAUGAGAGAAGAAAGAACGGGAGCCUGUUCAGUGCUUGACAGAAAGCUGGAGAAUCAUGCGGAGGGUCAAGUGAGCACCUUUGGGUUGAUCUCUUUCUUCAGACGCAUUGGAGGCAGAAGUAAGCCUGGUGAUGUGGAAGAACAAAUCUACAGAGAAUCUAAUACUAUAUUUUAAAUAUUUUAUGUAGAGACAGAGACCAAGCUUCGUCAUGUUUUUUUUUUUUUAUGUGGUUUACAUUCUUAAAAUCUGUCUGUGUUUUUAAUUGUUGUGGUUUUAGCCUUCAGUGGAACCCAAGGCAAACAGGGACUUGCUUUGAACUGUGAAGGUUUUGAUUUUGUAGAAGUCAAACCAUCCAAAAUCACAAGAUCUUUCUCUUUUCUUUUGUCUUUUUUUGUGUGUAAUAAUAAAGGGUGAUAUUCUACCUUUUUAAUGUUGCUUGUAUGUGGAUUAUGCACUUGAUAUUUAUUUUAAUAAAUACAUUUUAAUAAAUAGAUUUUAAUGAUUGCGACUCUCAGGUCUAUACGCCUCCGCCUUUCCACCCCUUUCCAAGUCUGCUCUCCUUAGUUACGCCUGCUCAGUUUCCAGUACUUGCCUUUCACUUCAUCUAUUAUUUCUUGUCUCUGUCAGCCUGACUUGAGCGCAGUUGUUCAGGUAGCUUUAGGAUAUGUGCACUGAGACAGCUUCAAAGACCAAAGCAAGCACGUUGGUGA